UUAUAGACAAUGAAAUUGUCUACGAAUCUUUAUUAUUUUGUACUCCAUCGAUUAAAACGACCCUCAAAAAGAUAUUUAACUAUUUCUUCUACCGGUUGUACAUUUUAUGACAGUUCGAAAAAAGUCGUCUCAGGGAAAACAUCAGCACCAAAAAUCCUAGACAAUAUAAUAAGAUCAAAAAUGGUUACCAAAAAUUUAGCAAUAUUCGAUUUCGAUUAUACUGUUGUCUCAAAAAAUACAGACACAGAAGUCCUUGAAUUAUUAACAACAGACAUUCCUGAAGAAAUUGAAGAAAUACGUGAAACUAAUUGCUGGACAAUAUUCAUGGGCGAGGCUUUUAAGUUACUAUAUAAAGAUAAAAUUGAUAAAACAUCUAUACACAAAACUAUCAUCGAAAUUCCUGAAACCAAAGGCAUGUGUAAAUUAUUUAGAGCUUUGCAUAACGAUUUAAAUUAUGAUAUAAUAAUAAUAAGCGAUUCUAAUUCCAUAUUUAUAAAAGAUUGGUUAGAAGCCCAUGCUUUAACCGGUUGCGUUAAAGAAGUCUUCACAAAUCCUGCUCAUUAUGAUGACAAUGGUCUUUUACUUAUUGAGCCUUAUCAGUACCAAUUUGAAUGUAAAUUGUGUUCUAGAAAUUUAUGUAAAGGUGCUGUUAUGAAGAAAUAUAUUGAAAGCGCUGAGAAACUUGGUACUGAAUAUGUUAGAGUCAUAUAUGCUGGAGACGGCAGUAAUGAUUUUUGUCCUAUGAUUAAAUUAAGAGCAGCCGAUGUUGCUUUCCCUCGUUUGGGAUUUAAGAUCAUGAAUAGGAUCGAGAAGAAUAAAGAUGACCCUGAAUUGACUGUGAAGGCUGUCUUGAAACCGUGGACGGAUGGUUGUGAUAUAUUAAAAACUGUUAGAGAAUUAGAGGAAUUUAGCUGUGUUUGACUUCGAUCAAACUUUAAUAAAAAUGGACUCGGAUUUACAAGUAAUAAGUCUCAUAAAAGAUGAAAUACCAUCAAGACUUGAACAAUUUUUAAAGGACAAGAAUUGGCAU